UAAGGACUUGUGGCUCGAGCUCUACCAUGUUAAAUUUACUGAAUAGUUUGUAGAAUUAUUCAGAGUAAUUAUGUGAUAUAUAUAUAUUAUAUAUUGCUAACCAAUUGGUGCUCAUCAGUAUCCAUGCUGUCCAGAGAUGGGGACGGAGCAUCAUCCAGCAUCACAUGCCGCUGUACCUGCUCUCCUCCAACAUGGACCAGUGUUUGGCCCUGACGUCAGCCGUUACCGCCCUGCCUGCAGUAUCGGUGCCUACAGAUGAUGAUGGAGACGGGAGAAGCGGCCUCGCCGUGAAUCCCAUCCGAGAGUGUGGAGGAGGGGAGGAUGAUAAUUAAGGCACACGAAGACUGAGACAACUGCUCAGAAACUUUCGGAUGGGGACACCGAAACCCUCACCUUUCACAUCUGGCUCCCGAAAACAUGCUCCGCGGCUGCAGCUGCCGAACGCGAGGGAGCGGCGGGCUGUGCCGCUCUGGUCGGGGGGUUCCUCGGCUUGGCAGAGCUCCCGCGAGCGCGUCCACAGUGAAGGCAAUUUAGGGAAGAUAUCCACUGGGUAAAUAACAGCGACCCGUCGGUUCUUAACGUCGCCGCGGAUUUGACGACCAGAGGUGAAGGAAUACCUUUAAAAAAGGGUGGAGCUGCGGUUUCUUCAAUAAAUGAUGAGGGAUCCCGCUCGUCACUCUCUUCUUAAUUGUGAAAGGCUGAUUUGAUGUUUAUGUCUGACUUUGUGUCCACUUAUAGUCAUCCACAGCGCCUUUGUUUUUGUGUCUAAAACGAUGGCACAGGUUGUGUUAUUUGACCGGACCUACUGCUAGAGAUGAUGGCUGCUGGCUGGUGCGGGACUACCCCAGGCAUUCAUGUAAAGCGCCCGAAUAGUGGCUCUCCAUGGAGGCUGUUUAUGCAAUCCGACGCAGUGUUGCAAGUGGGCUGAUUUGAUCCUUCUCUUUACCGUAUCCAUAUGAUAUGAUGCCAGGAACUGCCAGGCCUUUUGUGUUUCUGUGAAAUAUGCUCAGGCCUCGUGUGAAACAUCUAAAAGUGAAGGAGCUGUCAUUGCGCACGAGGAUGAGGCGAUGUUCUGAAUAAGAGAGAGGGGGGGGGCUCUUUGGAUUUAAGGCGUUAAAAAAAGCGGGGAAAGCCACAUUAGACCGACCAUGUCGAAAGUUGUCAGUAACAAGGAGAAGAAAUCCUUCAGCAAAAAGCUGUUCCGGAGGAGCUCUGUCCGCUCCGUGGGGAGCUUUAUGAACAGAGUUCUCCGGACUCUCUCGACUCUGUCUCAUUUCGGCACCGACGAGCAGGCCGCCGAAGACGAGAAGGACGACGCAACUUUGAUCCCGACCACCACCGGGGGCUCGGUCCCGUCCGACGACAGCGACUGCGGGGGGUUUCCCUUCGGAGACAAGGUCCCGGGGGUCGCCGGACUCAAGAACCAUGGCAACACCUGCUUCAUGAACGCUAUCCUGCAGUGCCUGAGCAACACGGAGCUCUUCGCCGAGUACCUGGCUUUGGAGCAGUUCAAGGGAGGGGAGACGACCGGCAACAGCGAAAAGGCCAAGUCCAACGGGGUGCUGGUACAGAAGCAGAAGGGGAGCCAGCAGCACGAGGCGGGGGAGGUGACGGAGCAGCUGUCCGGGCUGGUCCGGGCGCUGUGGACGUUUGAGUACACACCUCAGCACAGCAGAGACUUCAAGAAUGUGGUGUCCAAGAGUGCCCUUCAGUUCAGAGGUAACUCUCAGCACGAUGCCCAGGAAUUCCUCCUUUGGUUGCUGGAUAGAGUUCAUGAAGACCUCAAUCAUAUCAUCCACCCUGACAGCAGACCACCCCGGAAGCCUCCAGUAGAAGAAGAAAAUGCCCCUGAAGGAUCUCCACUACCAGCACCUGGCUCUUUUGUACAGGAGCUGUUUCAGGCACAAUACAGGUCCUCCUUGACCUGCCCUCACUGCCAGAAACAGAGCAACACCUUUGAUCCUUUCCUCUGCAUCUCACUGCCAAUCCCGGUACCUCACACACGGCCACUGUAUGUGACAGUGGUGUACCAAGGAAAGUGCUCCCACUGUAUGAGAGUCGGGGUGGCAGUGCCUCUCUCUGGCACAGUGUCCAGGCUGAGACAAGCUGUGGCCCAGGAGACCAAAAUCCCUGCCCAACAGAUCGUCCUCACAGAAAUGUACUAUGACGGCUUUCAUCGCUCCUUCUGUGACGAUGAUGACGACCUUGAGAUCAUUCAGGAGAGCGACUCCAUCUUUGCCUUUGAGACACCUGAGCUGUUCAGACCAGAGCAGAUCCGCUCCAAGCGAGGCGGGAGCCCGCAUGCAAAUCUCAACCAGAACAACCUGAAGUAUGGCACAGAUAACAACAGGAUAUCAACACAAAUACAAGAGCCUACAACACCACCUCAGAGUCCUAAUAAGAACAGUGGACAGGCUGAGAAGAUUGUCCUGUUGGUCUGUAACAGAGCCUGUGCUGGACAGCAAGGACGCAGGUUUGGCAAUCCAUUUAUUCUGUAUUUGGAGCGCACAGUGACAUGGGAUGUACUUCAGAAAGAGAUCCUGGAAAAGAUGCGGCAUCUUUUGCGCCCUGGAGUCUUUGUGCAGGUGGGGCCCUUCACUUUGCGCGUGGUAGGAGUGGUUGGAAUCACGUAUCUCUUGCCUCAGGAGGAGCAGCCACUCUGCCAUCCCUCUGUGGAGAGGGCAUUCAAGUCUUGCGGUCCUGGAGGGCCACCUCAUGUCAAAAUUGUUGUUGAAUGGGACAAGGAGACAAAAGACUAUCUGUUCAAAAGAACCGAGGACGAAUACAUUCCAGAUGCUGAAAGUGUGCGUCAAGUAAAGGAGCAGCACCUGCAGCCUCAGACGUGUUCACUCGCCCAGUGCUUUCAACUCUACACCAAAGAGGAACAGCUCGCUCCUGAUGAUGCAUGGCGAUGUCCGCACUGCAAGCAGCUUCAGCAGGGCAGCAUCAAGCUCAGUCUGUGGACCCUGCCAGACAUCCUCAUACUUCACCUGAAGCGCUUCAGACAGGAUGGGGAUCGGCGGAUGAAGAUGCAGAACAUGGUGAAGUUCCCGCUCACGGGUAUGGACAUGGCGCCCCACAUGGUAAAGAGGAGCCAGAGCAGCUGGAGCCUCCCCUCCCACUGGUCACCGUGGAGACGGCCCUAUGGGAUGGGCCGUGAUCCAGAGGACUACCUCUAUGACUUGUAUGCGGUGUGUAACCAUCAUGGGACCAUGCAGGGAGGCCAUUACACAGCUCACUGUAAGAACUCCAUUGAUGGACAGUGGUAUUGCUUUGAUGAUAGUGAUGUUCAUCCCAUAUCUGAAGAUGAGGUUUGCAAGCAGACUGCUUACAUCUUGUUUUAUCAAAGACGUGCCACAAUUCCUUCUUGGUCUGCCAACAGUUCUGUGGGAGGAUCCACCAGUUCUUCUUUGUGUGAGCACUGGAUUAGUCGGCUGAUGGGUAGCCGUCCACCCAGCCAAGCCUCGUCUGGUUCCUCCAGACGCACCUCAUUGGCCUCCCUCUCAGAGUCUGCUGAGUUUGCUGGUGAACGGAGUGAGGAUGAUGGCUUAUCGAGCCGCUCGGCAGUGAGAGGCAUGCAAAGGCAAACAUUCUCCUCGAGAUCUUCCAUCGCUAGUCCUUUGGUGCUCAGUGAAAAUGGCACAAAACCGUCCUGGUCCCACUCUGCUAAGCUCCAACUCCGCUCCAACUCUCCCUCACGCUUCUCCCUGGAAUCCCACUCCUCCUCCCCAACUCUGGAGAGGAUAGGGGAGGUGGUUGAUAACAAGGUGUCAACCUCCUGCUUCCCUGGGUCACCUAAGCCAGACAAACUAUCGGGGGGGAAAUCGGCCCUUACAGCUUUGGAUGGUAAUCCUGGCAGUAAGAGGCUGAUAGAGCAGCUUCACUCCAAGGCUGUGGCGCAGGCAGAGCAGAAGAGCUCCAUCCAGGCUGGGGAUAACAACAAUAUAGUCACUGCUGCUGAACAGGUUAGUCCUCGACACGGGGCUGCUGUGAAAGAGCCAAAACAAAGAAAUGGGGCUGCAGAUAGCGCUGGUGUCAAAAGGUCCUCAGCAAAGACCGGAAUAGAGAGUGAAAGGAGCCCCAAGAAGCGUCCUGCCACCUCCUCGACGUCAUCCAGCUCUCUCUCUCCUGCAUCCCCAGCCAUCAAUAAGUCACCGUCUCGAACACAGACCAAGAGCGCAGUGCCAGCAUUGAACCUCAAGGACAAAAGCGACGGACCUCCUAAACCUAGUAAGGCUGGUUCCUCGAGAACGGCAACCCCUUCCAAGAAAGGGUCUUCUCAAACCCCAGAAGCAUUACGUCCUGACUCUGCCCAGCAGAGGAAGAGUGGUUCUCCAGGAUUACAAAGCUCACACCCUCAGAGGAGGACAUCACCUAGGGGUGGAGGCGAGAAAAGCUCAGCCUCUGGAAGGACUAGAGCAGCAGACAGGAGCACUAGCCGUGACUCCUCUCAUGCCAGUGCGGUUUCAGAGAAAAAGGUUAACCACGGAGGACCUCCCUCCAGGUCAAGCGCUGCUAGUAAAGUGGAGGGCAGGUCAGGCCGGGCUGCGGAAAACAGGGCAGUGGGCCGGAGCUCAAGCAGUAGCUCCUCUAUGACUAGUCUCCGAUCCUCGAGCGUGGGUGUUUCCUCUGCAAGCGCAGCCCCACCGUCAAGGGGACCUUGUAGGAACAGUAAGACAGAGGACAAAGGUCUGUCUUUCUUCAAAACUGCUCUGAGGCCCAAAGAGACCCGUAAGUCAACUGAUGGUGGGAAAUCAGGGGUGGGGGAAGCUAAAGGAAGCUCGGAGGAUAGUGGUGGAGACGCAGCUAAAGAGGGAAUCGCACAUGGAGCGAGCAGGAAAGCUCAGAAUGCGGCUUUGGAGGCCCAGACUAAUGCAACCACAGCCAAAGACAAGGAAUCCUUUAAGGCAUCCGCUUCAGCUAAGCACUCACUGGUGCCCUCCACAAAGUCCAAGCUUUCUGGAGCGGAAACAACCGCACAGUCCUCUGCCAAUGCAAAAGACCCUUCAAAGAAAGAGCCUGCUAAAAAGACAGUGCAGUCCAGGAAGAUCCCCAUCAACUCUACACAAACUAGCCAGAAGUCUAAGUGAUGCUAUUUUGAGGACUUGAUAACAAUCUCUCAAGUGCAGCUCUGAGGUGUUUUAACCAUCAAACUAGACCAAGUGUCUGACCAACAUCUUUAAAGCCCCUGUAGCUUUUUAGUGGUUACUGAAUACCAGCUGCCAUACUGGACACUUAAUGUCCACAUUGUUAAAUAGUUAUUUAGGAAUGGAUUUUAACAAAGCACUUUGUAUGGAUUGCAUUAAUUUUGAGGAAUAUUAUACUGUAUUGUAAAUAAGCAUGGACUGCACAUGUAUUGAAAUUAUUGCCUUGUUCCUGUCUGUAGCAUAGUUGGGAGAAGUACAUCUCAGUAGGAGGUGAAAAUAAAAAGUGACUUUGCACAAGAUGGAAAGCAAGUAUAAUGGUGGAAAGAAACUUUUGAGAUAUAUCAAACAUGGACUACACAGUCACCAAAGGAAGUUUACUGGCAAUUUUUAACAUGCUGAUGCAGUGAAACACUGAAUUAUUUCCAAAAAUCUUUAUGUACAGCUCUCCUUCAAUAUCGAGAGCCAUAUGUCAACAACAAACAUCAGUGCCUCAGAUAAUCAUAGUGGAGUAUUUAAUCUAAAUUGUAUAACUGCAGGUGUUGGUAAAUUUAUAAUUCAAUUUUAAUAUUUAUUACGCACUGAAAAUGUAAUUUCAAGUAAAACACAAUUAAGCCUAUUUAACCUGAACUGCUGUUUACAUAUGCUCCUUGAUGUAGUAAUUGUGCAACAGCCUUUAAGAAGUGUUUUUUGUGCAGGCGAAAUCAGCCAGUCAUCGAGAGGACGGGGAGAAGUGCAGGAACGAAGCAUGUGUCGUCGGUGUUAAAUGUCUGGAGAGUUUGGUUUGUAAUGGUUCGUAAAUGUUUGUGUUUUAUUUACCAGUAAUGACUCCGUUACCACCUCAGACAACCUCCUCCCCACCCCCAUCUGUCACCUCUGCCCUCCAGCUGCUGAUGCCAACACUUAUAACCUGCCAUGUUCCUCAUGGGGAUCAGCCUCCUCAGACUGCCAGACACCUCCAAACAUUCCUCUCAGAUGAACACAGGGUUAAUGUAAAAAAAAACAAAAAAAAAAACUACGCACACAGACCAACGCAUUCAAAGACAGCUGGGUUUGCCUUUCGUUCGAGCACCAUACAUGUACAUAGAGCAUUAUGGUGUGUUUGAGUCAGUCCCAUCCUGUCUUUCUCGUGUGACAUCACAGCUUGUUCACAUCUUUAGCUUGCAUUAACAAGUAGAUUUAACACUGAACGCACUGACAUAGAUUGAGAAAAAGAGAUCACCAUUCAUGACGUAUAUGACAGUUGUUGCAUGAUAAAUGGCUUAUGCAUGCACUUAACUAUGCAAGCAGAUUCUUGCUAAUGCCCACACUGAGUAUGUAGAAGUGCUACUCUUGGAUGUGUAUAUAUUUCUAACUGUAUAUUUUUCCAAAUGCCAGCAUCAGAGAGCAUGUCGAGGCAUACUUUAUUAAAGCUUUGUUUGCACAUUUCUUCAAAGUAAUAUACAUUUUGUAUGAAUGAUAAGUAUUGCUCAUUCACCCUCUCAAAGUAAAUCAACUCACUUGCAAAUUAAUGUUUUCUGUAUUGUAUUCAUUUGUCUCACAUUCUCCCCUCAUGAUUCCAGCUUUUAACACGUUUUAAAAGGAGAGUUUUUUUAUAUAUGGUGGUGGCAACAAUACAUUGCUGCAGUUUACAACUUGUGGUAUAACUUUCAUUUAUCAUCUGUAAUCAUUUGAGCUCUGAGAGCUGAGAGAUUAAAAUUACACAUUAAAGUGACAAGACCUAUUUACAGGCUUAUUUUCUGGUCCUAAAUAUAUACAUUUAGUCAGGUUAAGCUGGGACCAUACACGACGAUGCUGACCUCACUCUUCUGAUUUUGUCUGAAGAUCUUAAAAAAUAACUAUGUGCAAUAUACUGUCUAAAAUUUGAUGUUUUGAUUUUAAUUUUUGUAUGACCAAACCACUUACCUGUCUCAAAAAAACUUAAAAUAGACAUAAUAUCUUGACUCGACAGAUAAUCUGUAAAAUGCUUCACUGUGAAAAAUUGCCCUGGAAAGCAACAUUGACUAAUUUUGUACCAGGAGUCCCACCAAAUACAAAUUCAUAAAGAGAGAGUUAUUAUUAUAUACAUCACAAUUAUAGUUCUACUGAAUGUCUAAGUGUCACAUUAAAGGAGGAGUGUUCAUCACUAGCCCAAGCAGCCGGACCAUAAACUACUUUAUACAGCCUUCUGGCACAUGGUGCAGAAUACAUCUAAACAUUAUCUUCAGUGCCUGGUGGCUACAGUGCGUUGAUACUGUGGUAUUACACCCAACACAUGCAGUACACAAACUGACUUAUGUACGUCACCUCAACUUCAAGUAAAACCUUGCAGUGUUGAUGAUAUGAGAGGGAUGUAUAAGUAUAGUGAAAUGCUAUGAGGAAUUAUUUAUUUUCACAAAUGCAUGAGAACAAGUAAACCUUUUUAUUUUUACAUUUGUAUUCUGUGAUAUAAUGUAAUUUCUGACAUGUACUGUGUUGAUCUUAUUUUGGGGAGUAGCAGUGUGUGUUGGCAUUGGUUAAGCAAUGCGAGAUAAACAUGAACAAAAUAAAAAUAUGUCAUGAA